AUGUGGACAGCUUCCUAUGGAAGCCCGUCUCAUCACAAUCAUAGCACACUCUUACAGGGACUUGUGGCUGUCAAGAGUGGAUGUCAUCUUGGUUCGAUUUUCGUACAUACCACGGGGACCUAUUAUUCUGUUACUUUACGGUUGGUUGCUGCCGUUGUUGACACUGGUAUUGAUUAUACCAACCCGGCUCUCGGAGGCUGCUUCGGCAAAGGCUGCCGAGUUGCUUUCGGUGACAACUUCUCUAAAGAUGGCAAGGAUGACGACCCUAUGGACUGCCAUGGCCACGGUACUGCAGUAGCGGGCAUAGUUGCCGGCGGCGAUUCGAAUUACGUCGGCGUGGCCCCCAAUGCAACUCUGGCAGGCUAUCGGGUGCUCAACUGCUCAGCCCUGAUGGAAGAGGACGAUCUCAUAGCCGGCUGGGUCAAGGCAUAUGAGGACGGCGCGCAGAUUAUUGUGUCGUCUGCUGGCUGGGAGGGCGCGUCCUGGGCUACGCGUCCUGCGGCGGCCGUCGUCUCGCGCAUUGUUGAUAGCGGCGUCCCGUGUAUAGUAGGCCUCGGCAACGACAAUGGUUCUGGCCUCUUCUCUACUUUGAAUCCUUCCAGCGGCCGCGGAGUGACGUCUGUCAAUGCGUUUGCCCGCGCCCCGGGAGCCAUAGAUGGCCACGCCACAGACGCUCCCAUGGCCCGAUUCUCAACAUUCGUCCCGAACUGGGACCUUGAAAUUAAGCCUACUGUGGGAGCACCGGGUGACAAUGUACCGGGAAUUAAGAAGGAUGGCGGGUAUGAGGAUAUCUCGGGAACGUCAUUUGCCGGCCCUCUUGUCGCCGGCAUCCUGGCUCUCGCCGCCGAGGUUCGAGGCCCCUUUGACCCCGUCUUGCUCAACAGUCUUCUCAUGACCACUGCUGUGCCUCAAGGGAACUACGACUCGGUUGCACAGCAAGGUGGCGGCCUGGCCAGAGCAUGGGAUGCCGCUCACGCGACCACACUCGUUGAACCCGCCAGUCUCUCCUUUAACGACACCCAACAUCGCGCACAUUCUCUGAGCCUACGGAUUACCAACACUGCCAAAGUCAACGUUACAUACCGUCUUGAUACUCUCGCGGCCAAAACUAUUUACACACUCGGAACUGGCAGCAACUGGCUAAGCAGGCGCUUUCUCGUCCUCGGUCCCGGCAAAUCGGCCUCGGUCAACAUCUCGGCCACAGAUCACAAGGGCCUUGACCCCAACCGCCUGCCGCAGCAGUGUGUUGACGGUUCCGUACCGUAUCUGGGUGUCUCCGGCUCCUUGAAGGAGCACCAGGUCCUCCCAUCAGACGGAGCCGUGCUUUCAACUCUGUCAGACAGUGGGUUGGACCAGAUGCACGGGUAUGGGCAUUGGUUCGACUAUGGAAUCAAAAACGACAGUUCCGUGAGCAUUAACUUGCCCGUACGCGUUACGCCAGGCCUCGGAACUCGUCUUGUGCGCGCCGAGGUCGUGCCAGUGUCACCACGCAAGUGGUUGGCCGAUCGUCUGGCGGACAAGAACCUUACACUCGACGUCUUUUCUCUCGAUGCUCUCCCUCACUCCCAACCAACACGCAGGACGUGGAGUGGGCGGCUAGGGUCGGGCGAUUAUACCCCCGUGGGCGAAUACAAGCUCGCUGUACGCGCCGUCAGACUCUUUGGAGGUCCCGAGGUGCAAUCCGAUCGGGACCUUUCAGAAACUGUUAAUUUUCAAGUCAACAAGGCCGCCGGCAGGAAAGCCUGCGAAAGAUAUGAGUCCGGCAAGGCCGCUACUCCCGAAGAUGCCUUGUUUGGCAGUCUCGAGGAAUGCCUCCAGAUUCACGUCGACGCUAUGAUAGACGCUCUUUUGGAUUCCUGCACCGCAAGAAAAGGCCUUGAGAGACAGGUGCACCAAUUGCGAGCUCACGGAGAAGUUUUGUGGCACAUAUGA